AUGCAAAACGAUCUUGUACGUCCUUACACCCACCGCACUACACCAUAAAACCCACUCACCCCGCAUCCUCUCACCGCCCACAGGGCCAUGUCGUCGAUCUCUACGUCCCGCGCAAGUGCAGCGCGACGAACCGUCUCAUCACCGCCAAGGACCACGCCUCGGUCCAGAUCGCCAUCGCCGAAGUCGACGACGAGGGCAAGAUGACCGGUUCGAACGUCACCUACGCGUUCCAGGGCUCGUUGCGCGAGACGGGCGAUUCCGAUGAUGCGCUCAACAGGUUCGUCCGGCAUGACCGCUGAGGUUUGGCUUGUGGUGGUGCUGAUUCCGUUUGAUUCAUUCGUCGCGUUCAGGCUCGCAACGGGGGACGGUCUCUUGAAGCAAACCUGGUCGUACCAGCAAUAA